AUGGCUUCCUCCUGCAUCCAAAAACCAGUUUUUCUAACUAGGGCACAGCGCCAGCAACAAGCAGCAUCCGUUCAACGGCGUGAUGAGCAUGUUGCAUCUGCACAAAAACGUCUUGAAGACAAAGAACGAGAUUUGGAGAGAAGAAAAAGAGAAAGAGAAUUAGAAGAUGAGAAAAGAAGAAGUCGUAAAAGAAUUAGAGAGGAGGAACAAGUAGAGAAGGAGAAAGAAAAAGAUCUUGAAGCCAUCAGAGAACAAUACUUGGGUACUGCUAAAAAACCUAAGAUGCGAGUCAUUAAACCUAGCGAAAAAUUUCGCUUCACUUUCGAUUGGGAUGCCACUGAAGACACUUCAAGAGAUUUGAAUUCUUUGUAUCAAAACCCUCAUGAAGCCAAGCUUUUAUUCGGCAGAGGGUUUCGUGCCGGUAUGGAUCGUAGAGAACAGAAAAAGAAAGAUGCGCCGGCAGUUAAGAAACAAGCAGUAGCUGAUCGUCUUUACGAUACGUCUGACAUGAAAAUCCAUAGGCACUGGUCUGACAAGAAACUGGAGGAUAUGACUGAACGAGAUUGGAGAAUAUUCAGAGAGGAUUUCAAUAUUUCAUACAAGGGUUUAAAAGUGCCAAACCCUAUGAGGAAUUGGCGUGAGAGCAAGCUGCUCAGUACUGAGUUGUUGAAAGCUGUGGAGAGAAUUGGGUAUAAGACUCCAACGCCGAUUCAAAUGGCUGCGAUUCCAUUAGGUUUGCAGCAACGGGAUGUUAUUGGAAUUGCUCAGACAGGCUCAGGUAAGACUGCUGCUUUUGUACUUCCUAUGCUAGCAUAUAUAUCUAGACUUCCUCCCAUGACCGACGCCAAUGCGGAGCAAGGGCCUUAUGCUGUUGUUUUGGCACCUACUAGAGAACUUGCACAACAGAUUGAAAACGAAACUGUCAAAUUUGCUCAUUACUUGGGCAUCAGAGUUGUUUCUAUAGUGGGUAAAAAAUCUAUUUUGGAACAAGCGGAAGAGGUUAGAAAAGGUUGUGAAAUUAUAAUUGCAACUCCUGGACGCUUGGGUGAUUGUUUGGAGAACCGUUAUGUCGCUUUGCAGCAGUGUAACUAUGUUGUUCUUGAUGAGGCUGAUCGUAUGAUUGACAUGAAUUUUGAAUCGCAGGCCAUGAAAAUUUUAGAUGCGAUGCCUUCCAGUAAUUUGAAGCCGGAUAAUGAAGAUGAAGAACUUGAUGCGAAACGUACUUAUAGGACAACUUACAUGUUUAGUGCUACAAUGUCGUCUGCCGUGGAGCGAUUGGCUAAGAAAUACUUGAGGAAUCCUGUGGUGGUUACUAUUGGAACUGCUGGUGAGGCAAAUGAACUGAUAACACAGAAUGUCACGAUGAUGCAAGAACCGGAGAAAUUUCCCAAGUUACAGAAAUUGCUCAAUGAGCUAGGUGAGAAGACUGCUAUUGUAUUUACCAACGAAAAGAAAUCAGCCGAUUCUGUUUCCAGGAAUUUGGAUAAGAAUGGUUAUCGUGUGACAGUUCUUCAUGGAGAUAUGUCACAGGAUCAGAGGGAAAAGAGUCUGGCGGGAUUUAAGAACAAAAGGUUCAAUGUUCUUGUAGCGACAAAUGUGGCAGCGCGUGGACUUGAUAUACCUGAUGUUGCUCAUGUAAUUAACUAUGACAUGCCAGAGAAAAUUGACAUGUACACCCACCGUAUUGGAAGAACAGGUCGUGCUGGGAAUACAGGUGUUGCCACAACAUUUUUGACUUUGCAAGACUCGGGUGUCUUUGAUGAACUUAGACAGGCUCUUAUUCAGAGCAACAGCCGUGUGCCUCCUGAGCUCGCAAGGCAUAAGGAAGCUUCAAAAUUCAAGCCGGGAUCAUAUUCUGACAGAUCUGCUAGCCGAAAUGACAAGGGUUAUCGAUGAUUACUGUUCGAAUUUUUGGAUGGAAAGACGUGCAUUUAGAAUUGGUAUUUGUGUUCUAUUAUUCUUGAUCAUGUGAAAACAUUUAGAGGCAAAACUUGGAAAAAACAGCU